AUGCCCUCUUCUCUCUCACGCUUCACACUUUUGGCCCUCUUCUUCACUCUCGCUCUCGCUGGUGCUCGAUUGGACUGUGGCCCGAUCUUGAGCCUGCAGCAAGCUGCAACACUAGCUGAUGCGGGGCAUCCAAGGAUCAAAUUCUGCUGGAAGUGCAACCAGCUGAAGCCACCCCACUGCCAUCACUGUUCUGUUUGCGGGAGAUGUGUGCUGAAAAUGGAUCACCACUGUGUCUGGGUUGUAAAUUGUGUGGGAGCAUUGAACUACAAGUUCUUCCUUCUCUUUUUGCUAACUCACUUUUGUCACAAUUUAUUGCUUUCUUUGGUAAUUGGGAGACUCUGGGAACACCAGGAACACUCACAACCACAUUUCUUACAUUUGGUCAAUGUAUUCACUAUUCUAAUUGACUUGAUUCCUAGCAUAAAAAAUUAUGGGCUGACUUCUGUUUCUUUGUUUGUUCUAGUACUGAAUUUGGCAUUUGCGUUAAGUGUUCUUGGCUUCUUGAUCAUGCAUGCAUCAUUAGACAGCGUAUUCGGCACCAGCAAGAAAUACUGGUUCAUCCCAGCAUAUUCGGAUGAGGAUUUGAGAAGGAUGCCAUCACUGCAGGGCGUUGAGUAUCCAUCAAAACCUGAUUUCGAUGCACAAGAUUUUUAAUUGGCAAUUAUGUGUUUCCUCUUCCUCCGAUGGUGCGAGAGCAUAUUAAAAGGCUCCCUGAUACCCUCAUCGAUGUCAUCCAGUGUCACAUUGGAGCAACUACAAGAACUCAGGUCGAUUGGCUGAAGAUAGGAUAUGAAGUAAAAUUAUUCAAAGGCUGAUGAUAAUGGUUCAUCAUAUGAUAUGAAAAUAUGAAUGGUCGUUAUCGAUGUGUCGUAACUGUUGGUGCUGUGGCCCUGUGGGGUGUGGUUAAUGAUGCUUGCAUAUGAUUUUAGCUGGCAUUAUGUUUUGUUGUUCACCCUACUGCUGUACAGAGUUGUAUGAGCCUUUAUAGAAUCUUAGGUAUAACCCUGAUUUCUCCGAGAUUUGUGGAUAUUACUUCAGGUGGUUGGGUAUUUCAAUUCAUAAAAAAGGCAAUGAUAAUGCCUCUGAUCAUUGCAGUUUGUAUUUGCAACACUUCUUAAUAUAAACCUUAACUUUUGUUUGUUUUCCA